CCCCUCGCUGAUCUGCUCUGCUUUGUUUUGGUCGAAACUAUUUGGAGGGAGAGCUUUUUGACAUAAGCUCCAGGAAAGUUUUCACUGUAAGCUUGACAUCCAAAGACUUUGGUUUUGGCUCAUCAGAAAAGAAAAUUGCAGUACCAAAGUCCUUCUGGAGUUGAAGCCUGAGAAGACCAACGUGUGUAUACCUCUCUAGGAAAGCUCAUUUGAAGAAAUACACUGGAUGAAAAACAGAAUAAAAAUGCAUUCGCAAUGGAUCUGGAUCUCUCUGUUCUUGCUCUGUCCGGCAAUGGUCUAUGGAGGAAAGAUUCUUGUAUUCCCCAUGGAUGGGAGUCACUGGGUGAACAUGAACGUCAUCAUUGAGGCCCUGCAUUCAAGGGGCCACCAGAUUACUGUUGUACGAGCACCAGACAGCUGGUACAUCAAGGACAUAUCCCCUUAUUAUUCUUCAAUUACACUUGAAAUGGGGGUUGGAUUUGAUGAAGACUUUACUACUGCUUUAGCAGCUAAGCUGCUGCAGCUCCAGAGGGAGGGGAGGUCUGCCUGGGCACGUUUUAAGCUGGAGUCGGAACAGGUACAGGUGGCCUCCCAGCUGCAUGAGAAUACAUCCAAUAUGCUUGAGCAGCUUUUUGAAAACAAAGAUCUGAUACAGUCGCUACAAGAUGCCAAAUAUGAUCUUGUCCUAACAGAUCCUGUUUUUCCAAUAGGUGUUUUACUUGCCCACUACCUCGAGUUGCCUCUUGUGUUUAAUGUCAGAUGGACUUGUUUUGGUGAAGCACAUUUUUCAAUCGCACCCUCUCCUUUGUCUUAUGUUCCGCUGCCAGGGACUGAGUUAUCAGACAAGAUGAGCUUCCUUCAGAGAGUUCUUAAUGUACUUAUUUAUGUUAUGGCACAAUAUUCAAUGGAGAAUUGUGUGUCAAGACAUUAUAAAGACCUUAUUAAAAAACAUAUAAGUCCAGAUGCAGACUUACACUCCCUGAUUCAGGCUGCUGAUCUGUGGCUCAUGAGAGUGGACUUUGUCUUUGAAUUUCCUCGUCCCACUAUGCCUAAUGUCAUCUACAUGGGAGGGUUCCAGUGUAAACCUGCAAAACCACUUCCCACAGACCUGGAGGAGUUUGUGCAGAGUUCUGGGGAGCAUGGAGUCAUCAUUAUGUCUCUGGGAACAAUAAUUGGAGAGCUCCCCUCUGACUUUGCUGAUGCUAUUGCUGCAGCUUUUGCUCGAGUACCUCAAAAAGUCAUCUGGAGACAUAACGGCAACAAACCAGCCGCUCUGGGCAACAACACAUUGCUGGUGGACUGGAUGCCAAAUGAUCUGUUAGGACAUCCCAAGAUUAAACUUUUCGUGGCUCAUGGAGGAACAAAUGGCGUUAUAGAGGCUAUAUAUCAUGGAGUUCCCAUCUUAGGCAUUCCACUGAUUUUUGAUCAACGUGAUAAUCUGUUUAAAAUUGAAACAAAAGGAGCAGGGAAGAUAUUAGAUAUCAUCACCAUAAAUGAAGAAAUCUUCUAUCAGGGAAUUCAGGAAGUGCUGAAUGAGCCCUCAUACAGGAUGAACAUGCAGAGACUCUCCAGGCUGCAGAGAGAUACUCCCAUGAAGCCCCUGGACAGCGCCCUCUUCUGGAUAGAGUUUGUCAUGAGACACAAAGGUGCAGCUCACCUGAGAACACAGUCCUACAAGCUGCCCUGGUACUCCUACCACUCAAUUGAUGUGAUGUUAUUUUUAUUAACUAUCAUCCUACUGAUGUUGUUGUGUUUUGCUGGGUUCGUAUGGUCAUGCUAUAAAAUGUGUCUAAAAAGGAAAGUGAAAUCUGACUUAAAAGGGAAGAAAGAUUGAUGAAAUUCCUACGGGAUAAUAUGUGAUUAUACUUCUGACAAUCGUCCAAUCACUACCAAAAAAUGUGACUAUGCUUUUAUUUGAAUGGGGGAUUUUUUUGCCUGUUUUUUUGCCAAAGUGGCGAAGUAGUAAUCCAACUGGAAUCUAAGCAAAGAAAAAAUAAUAAUAUAUUAAUAUUUUUCUCAGGUAUGUGUAAUUUAAAUUGUGUGGGAUAAAAAAAAGCUCUAGUAUUCAAUCAGCGUGUUGGAUUGUAUAUUGGGUUAGAGCUAGAGCUACAGUUAGAGUUAGGGUAAGGGUUUUAGACUGUAUUUGAAUCUCUUUUUAAACUUUGGUUACUUCACAAAAAAAAAAAAUCCAGACAAAAAAAAUAACAUGCCUCAUAGUUUUAAUUGUUUAUUUUUAGGUUGUUAUUCAGAAAACCUUCAACAUGUGACCUCUUGAUAUAUGUACCUUCAGGCCAGAGAGAGAUCUUAAAGAUCAGAAAAGAAAAGCUUGAAAAUAUAUACGGUAGCAUUUCAGUUUAAGAGGAAAUUAAAUUUAAACACUAGGCACAGCUAAUGCGUUUUUCUUCUUGAAAUAGUGUUCCUAAAAAGAACAAGCUUUGCUCUUUUCUCUCAAAGCUUUAAUUUAUUUUCUUCCUGGCACAUAAACUCAGAUUUAUUACUUUAAAAGACUUUUCUAAAUGGUGCAUAGUAUUGAGGAUUCAUGUUCUCCUUCUCAUCCAAGCCUAGUGUAGGAUUGUACUGAUUUAACAUCCAAUUCACACAUUUUAAAUAAGAGUGACACUCCAAUGCUACAUUCAAUCCUUGCAUGCUAGUAAGUCUUGAGUUGUGGUUUUUGAUUUGGUAUAAUGGACUACUUUUUGAUUUCUCAGUCUUAGAUUUUUAUGGAAUAGUAAGUUUGAGAGGGCCCUCUAAUAUAUGUAUGAUCAUCUCACUUGGAUUUCAUUCUAGGAAUCAAACCAAUUGAAACGAUUACAUUCGCUGAGAUAGUGAGUGCUGAAAAUCUAAGAAUGACCGUAUUCAUGUAAAACAAAUAAAGUGACUGAAUUCAAUUCACAAAUAUGGGACAGCAAUUUUUCUUCCACCUUUGGUUGGGACUACCAAGGACACCAUGAAAAGUGAACAUUAAGCUUACAUAGAAUGUUUUCAUGCCUCUUGCACUACACCGUUUUGUCAUCAAAGUUCUCCACUGUAAAGACCAUUAUUGCAAUGUUUUAAAACUUCCUUCAAUUGAAACGAUUAUCUUAGAUGUCAUGCAUGUAAAAAAAAACAACACAGUUAGAGCAUAUCUCAGUAAUAAUGUGCAAGUCCACAGUGGGGAUGUUAACUUGCAUUUUUCAUAGUGACCUGUCUUAAGGACAGUCAACAUGCUGGUCUUUACUUAACCAGUAGGAGGUAUAGAUGUGAGAUUAUAUAUAAUAAAACCUUUAGUGUAUUUUGUCAGCAAAGAAACCACGGGCUGCAGAAUGAUUUUUACACAUUGUUUAAAAAGUGCUUUUAUAUAAUGGGGGGAGGGCUUAACUAUGUAAC